GGAAAUUAUUGGCUCUGCGCGAAUGGAUGAUGAGAUCUUCUAUUGUGUUCAAUACGCUGGGACGGACUACUCUGAAUUUCUCCCAUCGCGGGUUGUUUCGAAGCGUUGGCCAUUGUUGGUUGUCGACUUUUUUGAGAAGAGAUUUGAGGAGGAUCGCUAAAAAUACCGGUUGACUAUACAAAAUAUUAUCAAAUACUUUAUUUAUUUUUUGAGUUUAAUAAAAUACUUUUUUGUUUUUUUGAAGUCUAAUCUUAUUGAAGAAUGUUUUUAACAUUUACUUACCUUUUAUUUAAUUCAAUUUUGUACGUUGACAUUUUGUCGAUGUGGGAGGAGGUUCUUUAAAAAUUGAGAGGAAAAAAAGGAGGCGGCCGUUUAAGAUUUUGAAAUUGCUAAAAUUUAAUUUGGAGCGUGAAUGUGAAUGAGUCAUAGGUUGGUUAAGGUGUUUAAGUUAAAGUUUCUUUUCAAGUCGCUAACGGACUGACUGGUUUAUUUUUAGUUAUAAUUUGUUAAAAAAAUUUUUAUUUUUCAGAAUUUUCAGUCUAAUUAUUCGAAAAAUGUCAAAUUCUGAUGCUGUUGAUUGUUUGUUCUCAGAAGCAUAUGCGCUUAUUGAACAAGGAUUAUGCUACGAUGAAGUUAACGAUAAGCAAAACGCCUUGUUAAUGUACCAGAAAGGUCUGGACUUGUCACAACAAGCAUUUGAAUUGGAAAAAGGAUCAAAUUCUGAGAAGAAAGAAAACUUGUCCAAAACCUCCCAAGGCCUGUCAAGAGUUAAAGAAUUGGUUGAAAAUAGAAUUGAAGAAAUCAAAAAUACAAAAAACGAAGAAAUCUCAAAAGAAAAAAUUUCUGAGAUUAGAGGGAAUUUGAAUACAACAUUUGAACCAAAUGCUCAAUUGUAUUACUGGUUACCUGAUGGUGUACAAUUGGUUAUUAUUGAGGGUGACAAGACAAACGCUCCAACACCUCCGUCUUCACUCGCUAUAUUUAUUGAACUCAAACAAGAUGAAACUUGCUCAAAAAGUGCUCCUUUACCUCCAGCAUUCAUUCAAGUUGGAACAUGGGUAUAUCCUUUACGUGGACCUCAACUUACUACUGUUAUGAAAAAUGAAUUGGGUAUUUAUGUCCUUCCAAACCCAACAAGAGAACACCCACAAAUGUUUGUUGGAAUUAUUUUACCUCGCAACAUUUCUCCUCAACUUGAAAAAGAAUUUGUUUUUGCCUUAAACCAAUUUUCAACAAUUAAAGAAAGCCAAGUAAUUUCAAAUAUGUCACAAGAACAAAAACAACGAACCUCUGAAAGAAUAGCAAAAUUUUUGAUUGAUGUGGGGGACAAAUUGGCUGUUGGGGCUACUAGUGCUGCUACAAAAACGGGAAAAUAUAUGGCUGAUAAAGGAGAAGAAUAUAGAGCUAAUUUGGAACCAACAGCCCAACCAACAAAUAUUCAUCCAUUAAUUCAAAAUGGUGUUGUAAUUUUACAUAAAGGAAGUAAAGUUGUUGCUAAAGUUACUCGUUUUGUUCUCGAUAAAAUUGGAGAUGUUGGUGUUGCUAUAGGCCAAAAAGUGGCAGAUGGUUUAAGUGGAGAUGGAACUGGGGGAAGGGCUUUUAGGUCAACUGCUACUGUUGUAGGGGGAGGAAUUACAGCAUUCUCAACAAUUUGGAUUUCGCUUGAAGAAGCUUCCAAGACUCUAAUUAGAUGUAUUUCUGAUGAAACUGUUCAAACUGUUAAUUUACGUUACGGCCCAGAAGCUUCCCAAACAACCCAUCACGCUUUACAUGCUUUAGGUCACACGACACUUGCAAGUUUUCAAAUUUAUGAAUUUGGUCCUCGUUCAAUAGCUGGAAGGAUGGCUAGGAAAGCUGGGCUACAAAUUGUACAGGGCUUUGGGGCACAGACUGAAACCAAGUCAAGUGUUACUCAAAUUGUGACAAAAGAGAAGAGUUGAGAUGAAAUUUUGGUGUCAAAAGUAUAUUUUUUUUAAGAAUUUUAUUUUUGUAAAAAAUUUUUGAGGCCUUUUAUUAAGUCACUUACCUCACUUUUAAUUUUUUUUGGUAUUUGAAUUUUAAAAUAAUUGUUUUUAAAAAAGUCUAGCUCGUAUUUGAGAGUGUUAAGGGGUUUACAAAGGUUUAGGAUUUAACAGUUCUUGGACGCCCGUACCAAAAUUCGUACUAGUCGUACCUUGUACUGGGAUCAAUCCAGAAGGACAUCAGAGGAUAUCGACGAAUUUGGGCGGAUUAAGACGGAUUUUCGGAAUUAAGG